UCCCCCCCGCCCCGCGGCCAAUGGGCCGGGGGGAGGCGGUGCCUCCCAUUGACAGAACCGGCGCGGCGGUGUUUACCGGGGGCGGAGCGGCGCCGGCUAUAAGAGCGGCACCGGGGGGCGUGUGGCUCCCGGGCUGCCCGCACCGCCCCCGCGCACCCCGUGGCUCGGACCAGCCGCAGCGGCCCCGAUCGGAGCAUCCACCGACUUCACCGGGGAAGCAUCCCCGGGGCGGCGCGGAACAUCCCGGAGCAUCCCCGGGGCGGGGCGGAACAUCCUGGAGCAUCCUCGAACCGGUGCGGAGCAUCCCUGGGGCGGCGCGGAACAUCCCGGAGCAUCCCCGGACCGGUACAAAGCAUCCCGGAGCAUCCCGGGACCGCACCGCUGCAGAGCAUCCCCAAAGCCAAAGACCACCGGCCCGGCCCGGGGCUCCACCGGAGCAUCUCAGCAGCCGCCGCCCCGGCGGAGCCGCCUCCGCCGUGAGCCCCCGGGCCCCGGUGCGGCCCCCGGCGCCCCGCCCUGCCGCCGCCGCCCGCUCCGCACAAUGGGGGCGGCGCGGCGCGGCGCGUAGCGGCGGGCGGGGAGGCGGCGGCGGGCGGGGAGGAAGAGGAGGAGGAGGAGAAGGCGGCGGCGGGGGGGUCCCGGGGCCCGGCAUGGUGCAGCAGCGCGGGGCGCGGGGCCGGGGCGCGGAGGCUCGGCGGGAGCCCUGUGCCCCGCUGCCCGCCCGCGAUGCCGAACCGGCGUGGUGCAAGACCCCGAGCGGGCACAUCAAGCGGCCGAUGAACGCCUUCAUGGUGUGGUCCCAGCACGAGCGCCGCAAGAUCAUGGACCAGUGGCCCGACAUGCACAACGCCGAGAUCUCCAAGCGCCUCGGCCGGCGCUGGCAGCUCCUCCACGACUCCGAGAAGAUCCCCUUUGUGAAGGAGGCCGAGCGCCUGCGCCUCAAGCACAUGGCCGACUACCCCGACUACAAGUACCGCCCGCGGAAAAAGGGCAAAGUGGGCACCGGCGCGUCCCGCCCGCGCCUCCCGGUGAAGAUCAAGCCCUCGGUGCUGGGCCGCGCCUCCACCGGCCGCAGGCAGCCCACCAAGCCGCCGGUGGAGCCACAGGAGCCCGCGCCCGACGCGCCCGCCGAGGACAGCCCCGCGGCACCCGCCGCCCAGGAGCCCCCCGCGCCCCCCAGCCCCGCGCCGGGGAGCUCCCCGCAGAGCGGGUCCCCCUCUCCCAUGUCGGCCGCGUCCCCUCCCUCCUCCUUCAGCUCCUCCGAUGAGGAGCCGGAGGAGGAGGCGCUGGGGGUCGUGCCGGGGCGGGCUCCCCCCGGUGCCACCGGUGCUGCCCUGGACUGGUCCGUCCUGGACAAGGACCACGACCUCUUCCCGCGGGGAGGCUCCUCGCACUUCGAGUUCCCGGACUAUUGCACGCCCGAGGUGACGGAGAUGAUAGCGGGGGACUGGCUCAUGUCCAGCAUCUCGGACUUGGUCUUUACCUACUGAGUCCCGCGCUCUGCAGGAAUCAGGUAUUUUGCCUUGAAGGCGCUGGAAGGCAGAGCUCCCGCUCACCCACCCCCGGCACACACCAGCUCCUCGUCCGACCGUCUGCCCCGCGCUCGGACGUGUGGCUGCUCACAUCUCAUCGGGGUUUUAUUGCCAGGGCCUGGCCCCUUCCCAUGGCUGCUCCCAUCCCCACCAGCCAUUCCCUCCUGCUCUCCAGCAGCCGGAGCACUCACAGCGGCCCUCGGCGCCCAUCCCAUCCUCCCCAUCCCUUGGGGAAUGGCCGAUUCCUUCUGCGUUUUGACCGCAUUUCAAGCACGGCUUCAAUUUCCUCCUCCUCCCUGACGCAGCCCCUGGGGAUGGAUGGAGGGAGGCAGAGCCCCACCGAGCCCUCCCUGCCCGACACCCCAUUCCCUGGGUGUCCCUGGCCGUGGGGGUUCCGUAUCCCACGGGACCAGCGCUUUCCCUGUGCCACACGCUCCCGGCCGCUCGCUUUGGGAAGAGCGAAGUUGGGCGCACGUGACGCGCACGUGGUGCGGGAGGUUGUGUUGUUCCUCUCGCCGGGCGGUUGUGCGGAGGAGGCUGUGCCCAGAGCCACCCCGAAUUCCAGCUGGAACCAGCCCUUCCCACGGCAGCCAGUCCCUAUUCUAGCCUUGGAGCCAGUGCCCACACAGGACAUGCUCCACUCUGGCUCGCUUUGGCCGGUGGAGCAGGUCCCACCGUGCUCGGCUGCAGUGGGCGAUGGUGCUGGCGUGGCAGAGAGAAUGCUGCUGGAAUUCUGCCUUAAGCAACCACCCAAACGGGGCCCAGAGCAGCAGCAGCCGGUGCCGUGGGUGAUGCUCCGUCAUGGGGCUUCCUCCACAUGGCACCAUGGGAGCAGGAGCAUCCCGGCAGAGUGCUGCCGAGCAGCUUCCCGGCAGGAGCAGCCCUUCCACAGUGGCUCCUCCAGCCGGGCUUGUCUUUGCUUUUCCUAAUGGCUCCUUCCUGCAACGAGCCGCCUCCUCCCGCUGCCGGGGAGCACGUGGCUGUGGCUGUGGCUGCAGCACCGGCUGCGGCUGUGGGGCAGGGGCUGUGCUUGGGUAGGGCCAUGCUGUGUGUGUGGGGCUGGUGAGGACCCCGGGCACCCCAAGUGCCAGCCCUGGGGACAUGGCCAUGGCCAUCAGCACCCGGAGGGGCUGCAGUGGGCUCAGUGGGGUCCUCUGCUUGAAGCAGCCUCUGAGGUCCCCCGUUGCCUUGAGUCUUCUCAAGGCAUCCUCCAGAGGGGAUGCAGGAGCCCCGCUGGCCCUUCCCGGGGUACCAGGGCAGUGGGGGUGCUGCAUCCCUGUUCUGGGGCUGCGGUUCCUCCAGCCACAGCUGCCCAUUGCCAUGGGGCUGCCAUGACCAUGGGAAGGGCAUCACCCCCCUCCAGGGUCCUGGCACCCCCCCCAGUGCAGCUCGGAGCAGGGACCUGCCCUGAUGCCCUGGCAAAGGUCCCUUCAAGGGAUGCUCCGUGUCCCCCAUCCCGGGCGGCCUCGGGGUCCCCUGGAGCCCCCCCAGCAUGGUAGAUGUGUCGGUGUGUAGCGGUAGCUCUGUGUGUGUCGGCAUUGCGUUAGCGCCGUGUUCCCGUAGCCCCGGUGCGGCGCCAGCCUGCGGUGCCAGGCGGGUGUCACGCAUCACACACGUGUUCCCCGUAUAGAGCGUGUCCCCAUCCCUGCUUCCCCCCCCUCAUCCCGGGCCGUUCCCCACCGGACCCAGAUCUCCCCACAUGGAAAAGCCAAAUCAGCGCCGGGCCAGCCGUGAUGCCGCAGCCGGGGGGGCUCUGCCUUCCCACCCAGCUCCAGGAGCACCCCGAGCCCCCUCCCGUGCAUGAGCCGGGUUUGGGGGGCCCGUGGGGGCUCCCCACUGUGCACAGAUCUCGACCAGCACCUCGGUGCCUUCUCAGGGCACGCGGCUGCCCCGCGCCAGAGCCUCCCGCCCUCCAUCCCCAUCCAUGGGGAAGCCAAAGCCCCCAAGUACCGUCAGGGCCUGAGGCCGCAGUGAGGGUCUCGCAUCACUCGUGUGCUUUGCCGGGGCUGCAUCUCCUGGUCCCACUGGGGUCCCGUUGGGGUCCCUUCGUGCCGUGCAUCACCCGUGGGCCGGGGCGCUCCCUCCACGGACUAUCAGGCGAAACGUUUCCUCAGGAGCAGGUUCUGGGUCAGCGCCAGAACCGGAGCCAAGAGCCGGGGCCCCCCCCCCCAGCCCCGGCCACAAGCACAACAUCAUCCGCUUCGUCCCCAUCCCCGUCCCCCUCCUCACCCCCUCCUCGAGCCUCGCUGGGUGUCUUUGUCAGGGGAGAACCGUCGUGGACAGUGGUGGAUUGUCUGUGCCGUGUGGUUGUAGUGCUUAGAGACCCCCCCAGCGUGCGGCCCCCUCCCGCUGCGCCCUCCCCGCUGCCCGGUGCUGCCCGGCACAUGCGUGUGCGAGCGUGUGCGACAUCCAUCACCAGAGACAAAGCGAAUAAUGAUGAUAAUGAACAAUAAUAAUAAUAAUAAAUGACUAAUAAGAAUAAACCAAACCUCUCUCAGGAAGGAGCCGCCCCGGCGGCGGCCGAGCGGGCCGGGGGCUCCCGGAGCCGGCGGGGCCCCGGCGCAGCCUCCGCACGGGCGCCAGCGCUCGGGGUCACCUUUGUCGUGUUCGUGGUAGUGAAGGAACCUGUAGCUGUUGUCUUGGAGAAAUAGGAUUUUAGCCGAGGGGCGGCCCCGGCCCAUCCCGGGGGAUGCAACGGCUCCGGCUCUGCCCCACUCGGCUCACGGUUAUCCUGACUGUUGUGACUAUGGAAUAAAGUGUGUUGGUCUGAU